CUGGGGAAGUUUGGGAUGAUUCCUGGCAGUGUUUAGGGGUGAUUCCUGAGAGAUUUUGGGAUAAUUCCCAAGAGAACCAGGACGAUUGCCAGCUGGGCUGAUUCCUGGGAGAGCCUGGGACAAUUCCCAGGAGAGUUUGGGAUAAUCCUGGGCACAGUUCUUGGGAUACCUUGGGGCAAUUGCUGGGAGGAUUCCUGGGAGAGCUGGGAUGAUUCCCAGGGGAGAGCUCAGGAUUCCUGGGAGAUUUUGGGAUGAUUCCCAGGGGAGAGUUUAGGAUGAUUCCUGGGAGAUUUUGGGAGGAUCCCUGGGAGAUUUUGGAAUGAUUCCUAGAAGAACUUGGUAGGAUUCUUGGGGGAUUUUAGGAGGAUUCCUGGAAGAAUUUGGGAUGAUUCCUAGAGAAGAGUUUCCUAAGAGUUCGGGAUGAUUCCCAAGAGAACUGUGCCAAUUCCCAGAACAAUUCCAGCAAUUCCCCCCCAUCCCUUUCCCUCCACCUCCUGUGCGAUUCCCUUUUCCUCCCGUGCCUUUUUCCCAGCUUUUCCCUGUUUUCCCUGUUUGCCAGGCCAAGUUCCUGCCCAACAGCGGUGACUCCACGCUGGCCAUGUGUGCCCGGGACGGGCAGGUGCGCGUGGCCGAGCUCUCGGCCACCCAGUGCUGCCGCAGCACCAAGCGCGUGGCACAGCACAAGGGGGCCUCCCACAAGCUGGCGCUGGAGCCGGACUCGCCCUGCACGUUCCUGUCUGCGGGGGAGGACGCCGUGGUCUUCACCAUCGACCUGCGGCAGGACCGGCCCGCCUCGAAAUUGGUGGUGACCAAGGAGAAGGAGAAGAAGGUCGGGCUCUACACCAUCUUUGUCAACCCUGCCAACACCUCCCAGUUCGCCGUGGGCGGCCGCGACCAGUUCGUCAGGAUUUACGACCAGAGAAAGAUCGAUGAGAACGAGAACAACGGAGUCCUGAAAAAAUUCUGCCCUCACCACCUGGUGAACAGUGAGUCCAAAGCCAACAUCACCUGCCUGGUCUACAGCCAUGACGGCUCAGGUGAGUCCAGCUGGGAAUUUGGGGGGUCCCACCCCCUCAAACCCCCUCAUUUCCCAACAAAACAAUCAGCUUUUCCCCAAAAACAUCCAUUUUCCAAAAAAAACCCCCAGCCAUUUAUCCUCAAAAAACCACCUCUUCCCACCAAAAAACCCCAAUUCCCUUCCCCAAAAUUCCAUGGGCACCGCAACAACGCCACGGGACCACCGAGCCCCCUGGUGAUGUCACACGUGGACCCCCAGAACCUGGUGCCCCCCUGGCCCUGA